UCGCUAACAUGGAAUCAUUUUAAAAAAAUGAAUAAAUCCGUCGCAGUAAUUACCAAAGCUACAUCGUUCGCCUGUCCAAAGACUGGAUAGACUGCGCGAGAAAGCGAAAACCUUCAGUCCUACCAAAAAUGAAGACAGAUAACUUGCAACAUGAAGAACCAAGACCUUCGAUUUGUGUUCGAAAACCAUGCGUUUCGAGACCAAAAUAGAAUGCAAUAUUGUGAGAGAAACUGAAGUAAAAUUCCUAUGUUUCACCUGGCGCCUUUAUUCCGACAGGGAUCCAAGUAGAUUGACAUGCAUAAGCUUUGCUACAACAAUGUCCAGAGAUUUCACAUCAGGACGCCAACGUGAGCUCCCAACAGACAAAAGGGAGGCGAGAGAGGCCUUGUACUACGCAACUUCUGCGGUAAUGGCUGACAUUCCAGUAUUGAUGGAAGAGAUGGCUGAUAGUGUGAACGCAGUGAACAGAAAAAUGUAUGCUGUCAACGAGCUUUUGCGAGCAGUUUCACAACAUUAUGUGCAACCUAAUGGGAGUCAAAACACAAAACCCUAGAUAAUUGACAGAAGAUUCUAUCUUUUAAUUUUGUUGCUUGGCAACCAAUUUCUGUGUAUCGAAUUCUAAGAGUAAUUUAAAAAAAGUGCUGUAAA